AUGCAGACGCUCCUGCCAGCAGCUGGAGCUGGCCGAGGCGUGACGAUUCAUGCAGACGCUCCUGCCAGAAGCUGGGCCGAGGCGUCACGAUUCAUGCAGACGCUCCUGCCAGCAGCUGGGCCGAGGCGUCACGAUUCAUGCAGACGCUCCUGCCAGCAGCUGGAGCUGGCCGAGGCGUCACGAUUCAUGCAGACGCUCCUGCCAGCAGCUGGCCGAGGCGUCACGAUUCAUGCAGACGCUCCUGCCAGCAGCUGGAGCUGGCCGAGGCGUCACGAUUCAUGCAGACGCUCCUGCCAGCAGCUGGAGCUGGCCGAGGCGUCACGAUUCAUGCAGACGCUCCUGCCAGCAGCUGGAGCUGGCCGAGGCGUCACGAUUCAUGCAGACGCUCCUGCCAGCAGCUGGAGCUGGCCGAGGCGUGACGAUUCAUGCAGACGCUCCUGCCAGCAGCUGGAGCUGGCCGAGGCGUCACGAUUCAUGCAGACGCUCCUGCCAGCAGCUGGAGCUGGCCGAGGCGUGACGAUUCAUGCAGACGCUCCUGCCAGAAGCUGGGCCGAGGCGUCACGAUUCAUGCAGACGCUCCUGCCAGCAGCUGGGGCCGAGGCGUCACGAUUCAUGCAGACGCUCCUGCCAGCAGCUGGGCCGAGGCGUCACGAUUCAUGCAGACGCUCCUGCCAGCAGCUGGAGCUGGCCGAGGCGUCACGAUUCAUGCAGACGCUCCUGCCAGCAGCUGGGCCGAGGCGUCACGAUUCAUGCAGACGCUCCUGCCAGCAGCUGGGAAACACCAACAUCUCUGCUGAGUUACCGAGACGCCACAAACAUAUCAAUUCCGUCUGA